AUGCCUGCUCAACGUGCCGCUACCACUCCGACUCGUCGUACUCGUGCGUCUAACGCAACUGCGCAUCCAGGUGCCAUCCUCUUACAGGCAAAAAAACCCCGACGCACGACAGAAGAAGUUGCAGCUGCCCGAGAAGAAAAGGCGGCAAAGGUAGCAGCACAAGCAGCUGCUGCUGAGGCAGGUGCUAAGCGUGUGGCCGGUAUAGAGCUGGAGAUGGAAGCGAAACAGACGAAUGUGCUGACGAGGAAGGUCAAGGGAGUCCGCCCUCGUCCGACGCCUUACAAAGGCAAGAAGGCUGCAAAGGACAGCCCAGAUAUUGCAGCAGCCUGUGGUGGAGGUGAUGAUGAAGUCGGAACCAAUCAAGGGUUGGGAGUACUCACUCAGAAGGCUGAUGUGCCAAUGGAUAUCGACAACGACGCUGUCGAUCAAGACUCACACACUAAGAGUGGUACGAUCAAGAAGAAGGUUAUCAAAGCUUCGAUGAAGGAUGCUGUCAAUCAAGCGCGUAAUGAAAUCAAGCGGAACACUGCUGAUUGCGGAGAUAAGGCAGCACGUGUGGAUAAGAAAGGCAAUGUACUUGAUGCGAAACAGCCUGAAUUGGCUCUCACCAACAAAGUGAAGAACUGGGCUUCAGGCGUCAAGACGCCCAUCAAAUCUCAGCACGCGAGUCACGCAACUCAUACUUCGGCAUCACCUCCCCCGUCAACAAUUUUUUCUCGCCUUACAGGCUCUUCCAUUACCUCUCACAGCACAACUCUGACUGAUGCUUCUAAACGUCCUCCUCAAUGUAUUGGUGCAGCUGAGGAUGCGCUCACUGGAGGUUUUGCCGACGAUGAGGAUGAAGAUGACGAAUUAGAACGCCUGGCUGCGCAUGGGAUAACUGCCAAGGAAGGGAGGUCAGCUGCAGCGAUGACGGUUACUCUCACAGUCGAUGACUCCGAUGACGAGUCAGGGAUUCCAGCAGAGUUCCGUGCUCCAUUCACCCAGUUGUCGCCAUUAGGUCCGACCAGGGUUGCCGACACCAGCAACGUCCUCAAAAGGAAGGCUUCUGAAGUCCUCGAUCUUAUCUCUGGCAGUGAAAUUGAUGAGUUUUCGGACGACGAAAUCAACAAUACAAUGGACAUCGACCUACCGGACGAGAUCGAUCAGAAGCAUGAAGCGGAGCCCGAGAAGCCCAAAGUGAAGCUAGAGAAGCCUUCCCGCACUACGACUUCGACAACGGUCAUGACCACAGACGUCAAACCUUUGCCAACUAAAAAGGUGAAAGUGGAACCAUCUUCGACAUCUAUCAGUGAUGCUCCCGCCCCCAAGGAACAGAAAUCUGUCAAUGUCGACACACCGCACAACGAGCUGAAGCCCCGAGCGCAAUACCGAAGCUGCGACCUCCCUGAACAAGUGCAAGCAGACAACCGCUGGGCCAAAAAGUUCCUUCCGACGAUGAUAUUGUGGGCUGGCAGCCAAGAAUCCCUCUGGACAAUCCCAGAUGUGACUCUGCUCACACACAUUCAAAUCAUUUUUCAGGCAAUCUACCCAGACUUGAAACUUACCAUUGUUCUGAAUGGUGCCGUUUUUUCGCUCACUGUUCAACGUCUUUCUGAGUGGCGGAGCAACUUUGGCUCUACAGCCAUUGUGCUUAUCUACGAUUUUCUGAUGAGCAACAGCGACUGCGACCCAGAGGUUCUUGCAGGGCUCCUUUUGAAGAAUUAUGCCUUCAUCUUUGAGGAUAUGGACAAGCGUGACCCCGACGGUGCAUUCCACUCUGUAUUCAUCCUGCAGCUCCUUGGAAAGGCUCACCUCAAUGUCGUCGACGGUCACGCUAAUAUUCCCGCAUUGAAAACCAAAGACCUCGCAUCGAAAGGGAUGGCCGGUGUUAUUGGAUUUUGCGCUACAGCACUUGAGCGCGCCGUCACAUUAAUUUCGGACGGUGAUAUCAAAGUCGAGGAUAUCUUAGCGUCGACCACAUCUCGCGGCAAGGUGGUCAUCAAGCUGCCCAAAGUACUCAACAAGCUCACUGGCAAGGAGACCAGCGCUCCGUAUAUGUUUUCGCGUGAUCUCUGGCAUAAAGCGAACACUGGGUACAUGAAGAGCAUCAAGAAGAAGAGCAAGGACUUCGUUGAAACUACAGUAGAGAUGGCGCGGUCAGCUUUGAACGAAAGCACCGCUGCGGAUGCAGCCAUUUCGCACAGCUCUGAUGAUGACCAGCCAUCCGCUGCCCCAUGGGCCUUCACGAAUCAGCACCAUCCUCAACCUGCUAUCAUUGUUCAUAUGCUCCUCUGGUACCAUUUUCUACUGCUCUCCGACUACUACACGCAUAAGCUACCAUUGAUUUUCGCUGUUUUAUCUUCCCUUAGUGAUCCACUUAAUUGCUUUCGCGUCGUGCUUUUCUGA